UAUGACAUAACCUCCACAAAACCCACUUCCUUUCCAGCAAAUAGAAAACAACUGAGAACAUGAAUUCACUAUCGGCUUUGAACACUGAAGGAGGAGAUUGAACAUGUUUCUGGCAAACAUGAAGUCAGGCAUCUGGUAUUUGUUUCUCUUCUGCUUCCAAGCUGAAGCUCUAACAGGAGAAAUAAAUGAUUCGGCUAAGCCUGAGAUGUUCACAUUUCACAAUGGAGGUGUACAAAUUAUAUGCAAACACCCUGAGACUAUCCAGCAAUUUAAAAUGCGGCUGCUGAAGGGGAGGCAAAUACUCUGUGAGCUCACCAAAACAAAGGAAAGCGGAAACACGGUGUCCACCGUUAAGAAUUUGGAGUUCUGUCAGUUAUCCAAUAACAGCAUCUCACUUUUUCUACGUAACUUGGACAGUUCCCAUGCCAGCUACUACUUUUGCGAAAUAACAAUUUUUGAUCCUCCUCCUUAUCGGGUAGCGACUCUUAGUGGAGAAUAUUUGCAUGUUUAUGAAUCACAGCUUUGCUGCCAACUGAAGCUCUGGUUGCUCAUCAUAGGUGCAGCUUUUGUUGUACCCUACAUUUUUGGAUGUGUAUUUAUUUGUUGGCUUACAAAAAAGAAGUAUCAGUCCAUUGUGCAUGAACCUAAUAGUGAAUACAUGUCCAUGGCGGCCGUGAACACAGCUAAAAUACCUGGAUCCAGAGAUGUGCCCAUUAACCUGGAACUCUCUGGCCCCCAGGCGUGAACCACACUGGCCAGCUCCCUCCAACUUGAAGUGCAAGAUUAUCUCCUUUCCUGGACCACAGAGUCCGAGUUGACUUGACUACAUACAUCUCCUGCUGAUGUUUUGUCCAGUCUGGACCAGUGACCUUAUCAGUCAACAGGGAUUUAUUUCAGUAGCCUUCCUCUGUACUACUGAGUUCUUGCAAAACAAACACCCUCUUGAAAAGAGCUUUAUAGAAAGCCCAGCUCCUGUGAGCUCAGCAAAUAGACCUUGUUGGGGAGGAAGCCCUGUCUUCCUCUCUGCUCCUAGCAAUGCACCAGCCCAUAAAACAAACACAUCUACAAACAAUUUUUAAAAGAUGUCAAGGGUACUGAAUCUGCAAAACAAAUGGGCAGCCACAGGCCAGUAUCUGUCCACAUUUCACUAACAUGUUACCCUUUCUUUCUGUAGAGAUGAGCAUUCCUUUUUUAAUCAGACUGUAGAGGGAGGUUCUUCAAAACUGUAACUAUUUUAUUCCCAUUUCGUUAUGUUUUGUACUGUACUAAUCAAUAGUUCGCAGUAUUCUCUUGUUCAACUUUGGAUAUUUCCAAACCCCAGUUGACCACCCCACCAACAGUUUGAAUACCUUCUCUUGCCCUCAAAUUUACUUGCUAAAAUACUUGUAAAUGACUACUUGAUUAACAGAAAAACAAAAAAACCCAUUGAUUCUGACUCAUGGAGACUCCAUAUAUUACAGAAUAGAACUGUGCUCCAUAAGGUGUUCUUGGCCAUAAUCUUUACGAAGCCAGAUUUCCAGGCCUUUCUUCCAUGGCACCACUGGGUGGGUUUGAACGGCCAACCUUUAGGUUAGUACUUGAACACAAACUGUUUGUGCCAUCCAGGGACCUGACUACUUGACAGCUACUCUGACUAAGGGAGCUAUUUCUACAUUUUUUCCCUCUGCUGCUCAAUCAAAUACCGUAAAAUAUAUACUCUUGCAGCCUAAUGGACAUAAUUUGCCUAUAUUCUCCCUAUAACAGUACAUUUGCUCCAGAAUGCAUCUUUUUCCCCCAAAAUUCAGUUAAAAAGGUUUACUUCGGUAAAAUUAGUGGCAGGAAACAUUGCCCCAAAUCAAAUACCACUUCAUGUCGUUAUCCUGUUUUCUAUCAUUAUCUAUGUUUUUAUGGUGCUGUUAAUUACCAGGUAGGCUAUUUUUAUAGAUCAGACUAAAAUUGUAAGCAAACAAACAAAACCGUCUUUAACUGUCAGCCAUUGUCCCGGGGUAGAGCCAAUUAUCCAGUUAGUGCAAAAGCUGCACCCACUGGGCGUUACUGCCAAACUACAGCCAUGCUGCCUCUGGGCUUGACAGGUCAAAACGGAGACAUUCCAUCCCCCUGAGCCUGGAUCAGCUCUCUGGACUUGGGAGGAAUUCCAAGGGCUGAGAGACUCUCCAGAAUCAGGGACAAUUGGAUGAUCUUGACCCCAGAGGUUGAAGUCACCCUGGGAACCACAGUAACUUGACCUGCACCCGUGCCUCUAGGAUCUGCGAAGAAGCACAGAUUACCCAGGGGACCAGGACGAUUCCACUUGCCUAGAAACAAUUCAGCACAGAAACUGGCCUGAGGCCUUCAAAAUAACCUCCCUUUGAAUACAAUUUGGCUGGAAAGAUUCUUAAAUACAUGUAACUUGAUUAUUCUUAGUUGGACUAUCUUCUUCACUUCCUGUCUGUAGGCCCAAGGUUUCGGAAGUAACUAAUGUGUAUGCAACAUUUUAAACUUUAGGUAAAAUGGGGUUAUUUAGUAGUUUUAAAAUUUGUAGUUGCCUGCCUAUAGUUUACUUUAAAAGUGUGCUCCUAUGUAUCAUUAUGCGUACCUAUAUUAUUUUAAGUAUGUAUAAUGUGGAUUGUACAGUAUAGUACUGAAUUUCAAUUUGAAUCAAGUGUGGUGUUCUCUGAUUUCAGAUGACUUGGACAACUUGUCUGGCUUUGCAGAGGCGUGUAAUGGGUAGAUCUCGGCUUUCUAUGUUGGGGGGAUCUGCCUUCAUGUGGCAUACCUGGCCUGGUUGCCCAAGCUCUGCCCUGCACCUCCCUUAACCCCAAACUGGACAUUUCAAUCAUUAAAGGACAAAAUUUCUGUGAAAUAAGAACUUUUUGUACAGGAGCCACUUAUGAAAUAGAUUUUAGCAAUAAUAGUAAGCUAAAGAAUAAACGUUUGAUAUUCAGCAUCUGAAAAUAUCUCACAGUAUUUUCUUUGGGGGAGGGAGGGAAACGAUUACUUUAGCUAGCAGUUGCAAAUUUGACCUUGAAUUUUAAGGUAGGUACAUUGCUUGGAACAGUUGUGUUUCUAUUUGUCCUUUCCUUUCCUUUCUCCUCCCCUACCUUCAUUCUUUCCUUCCUUCAAAAAAAUGCUUGAACAAACACAACCUUACAAAAAGUUGAAACUACAGCGAAAAGACUGAUCAUUUCCUGAGUAAGUUUCUGACCAAAUGCCCUAUCACCUCUGAAUACUUUAGUAUGUAUUUUCUACAAACAAGAACACUCUCCUCCAUAACCGCAAUACAGCCAUCAAUACCAGAAAAUGAACAUUGUUACACUGUUACCAUCUAAUCCUCAGACCCCGUUUAAGUUUUUCCAGUUGUUCCAAUAACGCACUUUAUAGCAAAAGAUUCCGUUCAGAAUCUUCCCUGCGAUUUAGUUGUUACGUCUCUAGUGUCCUUCAGUCUGGACAGUACCUCAGUCUAGACUUUCAAGACCUUGGCACUUUGAAGAUUAUAUGUCAGUUAUUUUGUAGAAUGUCCCUCUAUUUGGGUAUUCUGGUGUUUUUUCAUGAUUAAAAUCAGGUUAUUUAUUUUUGACAGAAAUACACAGAAGUGAUGCUGUGUUCUUUUCAUUGAAUCUUAUUAGGAGCAUUCUAGGAAACAUUCUUUUCCCACUGUGUUUGAUUUCUAGCUAAUAACAUUGUCUACAGCAUUACGCCUUGAGUCUCAAAAGAAAGUCACUUAGAGACUGAGGCCUUUAUUGGGGGGUUCCUCUAUAACCUUUCCUUUCAUUCUCAACCGGGGUUUCCUAUACUUAGGAUGUCCCACCUCCUUCUCUAAGUCUCUUUUUCUGAAACUCUACAUAACUUCCUUGAGAAAACUCUAGUUAUUAUCUCAUUUAGAUUCUUUCCUUAUCCAGUGGACCGUGUUCCAAGUCCAAGUCCUGCAGUCAUGAGUGGAGUUUUGGGUUGAAGCUCAUUACUCUUAGUUGUGUAGGUGCUGGCGUGGAGGAAGGGCAGGGAGUUUGGGCUUCAGUCCUGUGGGUAAUGAUGAACUCAAGUUCUUCAAUUCCACUUUCCUUUUCAUUGCUCCCACUGAAAGAAGCUGUGGACCUAUUGGCUUCCUUACUACUUGGUGUAUUAGAGUAAGCACAUCCCUGAACAAUAAACUAUACUUGGGAGCCAGUACAGCCUGAACCCGUGUUAAGAAAAAACUAUUGCCUCACUUAGCCAGGAGGCUGCCCGGCCCUUGGUGCCACUGGAUCCCAAUCACUGUGAAAUAAAGGUUUUUCUUCCUUCUUCUGGCAGGGCCUGCCAGAAUCCUAAAAGAAGUUGACAUUAGCUUUUAAUGGCUGUUCACUAAUAAUGUGGGAUGUGGGCUAGACUUAAUUAAAUUAUUUUGGGUCAGAGUUUUCCCUCUAAUGGAAAUCAGGGUGGGGAUCAUUUAUUUUCCUCUAUCCCAUGAUCUAUAUUGAAUGCUAUUGUGUCAGAAUUUAUUUCUUAGCAACAGCCAAGAAAAAUGGUUACUUCUGGGAAGCACUCCUCUUUUAACAUUCAAAAAAAAAAAACAAAACCCCAGGUGAAUGAACAUGAGUAAUAUGGGAACCAUUAACUAUCUUCCAGUCCAAUCUUGGAUCUAGUCUAACAUUCCCCAAACAGUGCGUUAAGAGUGCAUCCUAUUGGUAUAUGAGGAGCAAAGGAGUGAUUUAAAAUAAUCAAAUGCCUCCCUACCCUUCCCUUCCCUGCCUAGCCCCACUCUCUCAUCCUAAAGGAGCAAUUACUUUGGGCUGAAUUGUGGAUUUAAAGCAAAAUGUUUCAGAAAUCUGAGAGUCCAGAUUUUCAAAAUGCCUAGAAUAGUCAGUUGUAUGUGAAAUAUCAAAUUUGAUUACAAGGAAAAGUAUUUAUAAGGCUCAGCAGAAUAAAGCCCCCUCAGCCAUAGACUGUUAACGCUGGAGAGAAUCCCAACAAUCUCCAGUCUAACUUCCUAGCUGGUCCAAAGAAGUGAAAUGAUUUACCCAUGGUUACAUACCCAGUGAGCAUGAGUAGCAGAGCAGAAACUAUACCUCCUAUCUCUGACCCCAUUGCUUAUCUCUUCUCCACUUGCUUUAUCUUACCCAAUCUAACUUCACAUAUCCUAUAUUCUUUCCCUAAACAACAGGAUUCAUUCUCCCCUCUUACCUCCCAUCCUCUUCCACUCACAGGCGAGACUGUGAAGAGGAUAAAGGAGUUGGAGGAAAGGUUCUGAGUGGGCAGUGAGUAGAGGAGGGCCAGCCUUUAGCUAAGCUGUGGGAAAAGAAGCUUCGCUCUCUUCACCAAGACUUGUCCCCACCGCCCCGAGCCAGUGUUCUCCCAACUCUCUACUCUGCCUCUGACCCCAAUGGCAAUGGAGCUAACCCCUUUCCUUAUCCAAGAUCUAACCACACAUGAAAAGCUCUGGCCAACAACAAUUUUGGGAAUGAAAGGGUCAGUGGGAAUAAAAGCUGGAUCCCUGAGUUCUGAGACUCAGAUCCUAACCUUUUGCUCCCUAGAGUACUUGCAGCUGUAAUACUCCACUGUCUCUCAUUAAGACCAAAGAGUCAUGCCAUUUAUCUCAUGAUCACUCCAGUAAGAAAUAACUUGCUACUAACCACUCUUUCUAGGGUUUCUUCCGGUAAGCACUUGCAGUAAGAGAAGUGGUUUCUGUCAAUCACCAGAUUUUCAGAGCUCUACUGCAACCUUAUCAGAAUCUAUAUUUUACUCUGCUACCAGAACUCUAGCUAGUGUAAUCCCCUUACAUAAAACGGCCCAUAUUCAGACUCUGGGCUGUCCACUAGUUUGGACCGGCUUCUAGCACAGGAAAUUGUAGUGUCUAAAUAUCACACUUGGUGCGGCACUAGGGCACUAGAAAAACAAGGCUUGAAGGGGAGGGGAAAUGGAAAGAAGACCUCCUGACUGGUACUGUAACCACUGUAAAUUUCUAAACGUUCUAAGGAGACUACACCGUCUCAAAUACCUCUUUCUGGGAGAAGAGAUAGGAUACAGGUGGAUUUUCCCUGAGAUGUCAUAUUAACCUCUUAUGAGAAACUGAUAUAUUCUGAGAAGAGAAUGAGAUUUCUGCCAGUUGUGAAUUUAGAUAAUUGAUGUCAGUGUAUUGGCAUCCUGGCAAGACUAAAAUCGAGACUGUCUUCUCUCUGACUACCCUUCUUCCUUCACUACCACUGAUUCACUGCCAUAUCAUUGGCCACAUUACUGUGUUAUGUCCAGGGAACAGUUUUGCCUGGAAUGAUCUCUUUAGGGGCUGGGGGCUUGUCUUGUUUUCUAAGUUUCAUGGGUGUAGGGCUACUGCUGUGAUCAUCUUUGUGUGUCUUUGGAUUCUUUUAAUAUGAGGGAACAAAAGACAACACUUAGACUCUACCAGAUAUCUGAGCUUAAGCAGAAUAAGAUUUGGGGGAGGAAGAAUUAAGGACUUGAAUUUUUUCACACUUUAAAUUAUUUGGACUUUAAUUUGCAAGAGAAUUUAAUCUUUGAACUUCAAUUUCUUCUGGGAAUUUCACAAUGGAAGGGAGCUUAUAUGCAAAUUUCAGGCAUCUUUAUGUUGUUGGAAAUUUAUUAUUGGAGUAUGUUAGUGUUGCCAUUUAAUCAUAUUGCAUAACCUCUGGUGAGCUAUAUUGGGCAGUGUAGUUGGGCAUAAUUUGGUUUGGGAAAUAGAAGAGGGAGCAAAUUCACGUCCUUAGAUACAGUCUGGACUUGUAGUUAAUCUAAUUAAUGUACUGUCUGGGAGUAAUUUUAUGCUCCCCACGUGUAGUCACCAGAAGAUACCAAAGGAGCCAUAGGUGGUAUUGAUGCAGCCAUGAAGAUGGGAGCAGAACUGUCCUGAUGAACAGCUGAUCUUCUCCCUUGUAUCACACUCUUGGUUGAUCAUAUUCUUUAUGGUUAAGCCCAAGGGAUAAGAGGAAAAAAAGAUGGGAAAUGAUUAGGGAAACCCUCUCCCUCUAUUUGUUUUCUUACAUGAGGGUCCUAGCCUAACACACUGGUCUUUACACGUACUUUUUGCUCCACCCUGAUUGCCAUCGAGUCAAUUCCAACUCAUAGUGACCCUAUAGGACAGAGCAGAACUGCCCAACAGGGUUUCCAAGGAGCGGCUGGUAGAUUCAAACUGUUGACAUUUUUGGUUGGCAGCUGAGCUCUUAACCACUGUGGUUAAUUGGUCCAUGUUUAUUGACUUGAUAGAGCUGAUCAGUACAAAGGUCAAUCACUGGGAUAUUGAUCUCUAUUAUUUUCUGUCCAUUUUGGAUCCAUGUGAAGCAGAGAUCCUGGGUAGUGUUUCAUUUUGCAUACUUAAGUUUUCCUCAUAGAUACCUUGUCCCAGUUUUCUGACUGAGACUGGCAAGGUGGUGUUCUCCUUUUCUUCAAUAAGUUUAAUGAACUUGGCUUUGCUUAACAGGUUUUUCUGGUGGUCUUCUGGAGAGUUGACAGUUGAAAGAUAUUAUUCUUUCCAGGAAAAUAGAGACAAGGUAAUCUGCUGAGGUUUUAGAAAGCCUGGAACUUCAGAGAAGGGAAAAAAUUUGGAAAAUAUUCUUUGGGCAAUGUGAUAAGGCAUAAACAAACGAACAAAAAAACCCAAGCACAUUGUCAUUGAGUUUAUUCUGAAUUGUGAUAUCCCCAUGUGGUACAGAAUGGAACUGUGCUCCAUAGAGUUUUCUAGUCUGUAAUCUUUAAGGAAACAGAUUGCCAGGCCCUUCUUCUGUGGUGCUGCUGGGUGGGUUUGAAUCACCAAUCUUUAGGUUAGUAGUUGAGUGCAAACAGCUUAUACCACCCAGUGACCCCUUGUGAUAAGGAAUAGACUCUAAGAAGCACAUUUUCUGUCUUGAUUUGGAGCUUUGCAGAGAGAGGUAUUCUCCUGGGGAGGGGGGAGAGUCCUACAAACUUGGACUCAGAUGGCAUGAUAUAGAACAGUCAGGGUUGGUGGCUACUCUCUUGACCUUGGAGUUAGUCUUCCAGGAAGUCCUUAUCCCUCUGAUGGAACAGCUUGGGCUCUGGUGGAAGCAGGGCUUCCAACAAGUUAGCUAGGUUUGAACUCCUGCUGAAAAUUUGCAUUUCUAACAAGUCCGCAGGUGAUGCUAAUGUGCUGGGCAGGGAACAAUUCUGAGAACCACUAAUAGAGACAAACCAAAACCAAACCCACUGCCAUCAAGUCGAUUCCGACUCGUAGCGACCCAAUAGGGUUUCCAAGGC